CACCACGAGACACAUUAAACAUUGACUAUAUACUUGGUUUCACCCACUCUUUUGAUUUUUGGGGUUUUAGUUUCCUAGGAAAAGAAAAAUGACGAAACAGGUUCUUCUUUUGUUCUGCUUCGCCUCUGCACUCAAACUUUCAGCUUCAGAGUCCAUAUCUGCUUCUGUGCAGCCUCACGCAGCUGAAUCCUUCUCUGCUGGCUAUAUUCAGAUGAAGACUGCAGCGAACUGUUCUUACCUGGUAGUUGUUUCUACAAGCUGUUCAUCGCCCAAGUUCACGACGGAUAAGAUCAGUAUUGCGUUUGGAGAUGCUUAUGGCAACGAGGUAUAUGAACCAAGACUUGAUGACCCAAUUUCAAGGACUUUUGAGCAGUGCUCAUCUGAUACAUUUCAGAUAGAUGGUGCAUGUGCAUCCCCCAUUUGCUUUUUGUACCUAUACAGAUCAGGGGCAGAGGAAUAUGGUUGGAAGCCUGAGAGUGUCAAAAUCUUUGGCUACAACUCAGAGCCUAUUACUUUUGAUUUCAACACCUCCAUCCCCAAUGGCACCUGGUUUGGCUAUAAUCUGUGCCAGACUCUUCCUCCUCCUCCUCCUCCUUCUUCUUCUUCAUACCAACUAUACCCUCACAAAUGGCUCAUCAUGAGUUUGGUUGUAGCCUUUGUUCUUAGCUUCUGGCUGUAAUAAUGUUACCCCCUUGAUCACAUAUACCAUAACAUGCACCUUACAUAUUAUCAGUGAAGGGUGAAUCUUAGUAGUAGUACUCUAUGCAGAAAGUAGGGACAUGAGAUGUGAAAGACUGUUGGUCGAAUUUGGUUAGUUAUGUGGCUUGGUUUUAAUGCCUCGUAGGAGUUAUGUUAAAUUUAAGUUAAUGUUAUGUGAAGAGAAGUGUAAUACACACUCUCAAAUUCCUCUUUUAAACCCUUUUUUAAACAUUUUGUUAGCAGGAAGUAUUUACAAACUUUGACUCGUUUGAAA